CCGCCCGCCCGGAGCGCCCCGCCUCGCCUCCGCCCACGGGGGCUCCCGACCAGCCGGCUCCAGAGCGGUCCCCGCGCUUUGCAGCCCGCCGAGGGGGUGAGGGCUGCCGGCCGGCCGGCUGGGGGAAGUGACCGUGAAGGUUGAGAGCCACUGAAGUAGAACACCAUUCCAGGGAUGGGCUCUGGGAGGGAGACGGGCAGCUCUCCGCCGCUCCCACCACCUCGAAAGCUUUAGAACACUGAACUCCGAAGUAUUUUUGACGAUGGCUAUGAAAACUCAUUAUGACAACUUUUGUUUAAAGUGCACUUUUUCUUCUUGCACGCUUGGUUAAGAAGUAAAAGGUUAAUCCAGCCAGUAAAAAAACUUUGAAACCGCUUUCUUAUGAGUAAGAUGUCACUUACUCACCUUGGUCUCCCCAGCUGUGCCCUCAUUACAAUUUAAAGAUGCAGUGUUUUCUCCGGUCUACUUUUGUUUUACUCGUGUUGUAGACGACUUGGUGAGCGUACAGGACCGAACCUUAAGUCAGACCUGGGCUCUGGUCCUAGUAGUGUCAAGUUACCUUGUGAUCUGAUUUGAGAUUUGAUCGGAUCUCAACCCAGGAGGUUUCUAGGUGGUUUAGGAGACUAGUUAAAUCUCUCUCAACCCCCGCAAUAGGGUCAAAAUGGUCAGAUACCUCAUUACCGGAUCACCUCCUUCCCUUUUUCUAAUCAGCACUCCUUUCUGUUAGUUUUCAAUCCUAUAUAGUUAGAUUCCAAUGAAAACCUAAUGAUUUCUGACGUGAGCAGAACAAAUGCUGUGAAAGGAGGAAUGGUAGCCAUGGAAUGACUGAGAAAGAAUUUUACCUGAAGUCUGAGUGAGAAGGUGGGAAGUACAUUAACAAGGAGGCAAGGCCCUCCUGCAAAGUUUUCUUUGCUGCGGAUCCCAUCAAAAUAGUGCGAGCCCAGGGGCAGUACAUGUUUGACGAGAAAGGUGAACAGUACUUGGAUUGCAUCAACAACGUUGCCCAUGUGGGACACUGCCACCCAGAAGUGGUCAAAGCUGCCCAGAAACAGAUGGGACUACUAAAUACAAAUUCUCGAUUCCUCCACGACAACAUUGUUGAGUAUGCCAAGCGCCUGUCAGCAACCCUGCCGGACAAACUCUCUGUUUGCUAUUUUACAAAUUCAGGAUCUGAAGCCAAUGACUUAGCCUUACGCCUGGCUCGGCAGUUCAGAGGCCACCAAGACGUGAUCACUCUUGACCAUGCUUACCACGGUCACCUAUCAUCUUUAAUUGAGAUCAGUCCAUAUAAAUUUCAAAAGGGCAAAGAUGUCAAGAAAGAAUUUGUGCAUGUGGCACCAGCUCCAGAUACUUACAGAGGAAAAUACAGAGAAGACCAUACAGACCCGGCCAGUGCUUAUGCCGAUGAAGUGAAGAAAAUUAUUGACGAAGCUCAUAACAGUGGAAGGAAGAUUGCUGCCUUUAUUGCUGAAUCCAUGCAGAGUUGUGGCGGACAAAUAAUUCCUCCAGCAGGCUACUUCCAGAAAGUGGCAGAAUAUGUACACAGAGCAGGAGGUGUGUUUAUAGCUGAUGAAGUUCAAGUAGGCUUUGGCCGAGUUGGGACACAUUUCUGGAGUUUCCAAAUGUUUGGUGAAGAUUUUGUUCCAGACAUCGUCACAAUGGGAAAACCAAUGGGCAAUGGCCACCCAGUGGCAUGCGUGGUAACAACCAAAGAAAUUGCAGAAGCCUUCAGCAGCUCUGGGAUGGAAUAUUUCAAUACGUAUGGAGGAAAUCCAGUAUCUUCUGCUGUUGGUUUGGCCGUCCUGGAUGUAAUUGAAAAUGAAGACCUUCAAGGAAAUGCCACAAGAGUAGGGAAUUAUCUCACCAAGUUACUGAAUAAGCAGAAGGCUAAACAUACUUUGAUAGGAGAUAUCAGGGGUGUUGGCCUUUUUAUUGGAAUUGACUUAGUGAAGGACCAUCAGGAAAGGACCCCCGCCACAGCCGAAGCUCAGCACAUCAUCUACAAGAUGAAAGAAAAGCUAGUGCUUCUCAGUGCCGAUGGACCUCAUAGAAAUGUGCUUAAAAUAAAACCACCUAUGUGCUUCACUGAAGAAGAUGCCAAGUUUAUGGUGGACCAGCUCGAUGAGAUUCUAACAGGUUUAGAAGAAGCCUUUGGAGCCAAAACUGAGAGUGUGAUCUCUGAGAAUACUCCAUGCAGAACCAAGAUGCCUGAGGAAGCCCACUCGGAAUUGCUCAGUGACGGCAGCCCGGACCCCAAAGAAAAUCCCAGCCGAAAAAGAAAUGGAUUGUGCACAGAUAAACAUUCACUGCUCAGUAAGAGGCUCAAGACAUGAGAGACGAGCAUUUUACAGCAAGAUAAAUGUCCAGAGUUACACAGAAUGAAUGGAAGUGUCCCUUCUGUUAAAAGCUCUAUUAUACCCACCAAAGGAAGAAUCUGCAUUCCAUUCAGACAUAUAAAUAAAGAAAUGAGUAAAAAGGAUAAUCCAAGUGAUAAUCAAACCCUGUCAAGAUUUAGCCUCUAGCCUGUUAAUUCCUUACUUGAGAUUUCUGAAAGUACUUCAUUUAUUCUACUCAAUUUCAGCUUCAAAUGGAAUAUUUAUUAAGUUGGCAGUUUUACUUCUCAUGUUUUAAUAUUUGACAUGUCAGAGCAAAGUACAGUAGUAGGUUCCUGAACUUUGGAGACUAUGAAUUCUUUAAUGAUUUAAUUUAUAUAUAUUUAUGGACUAUAAUAAAAUAAAAGAUGAUGUAAACCAAAAAAAAUUUGACCAGAAAAAUGUUUACCGUUCCUUUGCAGAGAACAUUGGGGUAGUAAAACCAACGCCAUUUGGGAAAAAAUCACAUACGGCAAAUGUGAAGAAGUGAAUGAAUAAUUUGGACUUCUGUUGGGGAACUAGGUUAAUCGUGGUCCUGUGGGGACGAGGGUGGAAGUGAAGAGGCCAAACAAGGAGUACACCCAGAAACACUCCUAAACGUGUUGUUGGCAGCAGAAACAGUAGCCAAAGCGCUGCGUUCACAGUCAGGAGACCUCGGCUCUGGCUACUCAAACUGUCACCUUGGCAAGUCACUUACCUGUUAGGUGGGAAAUUAACUUUCAACCAAUCAUCUUCCUCUUCUCAUCCAGCUUAUCGCCUUUGCACAGCCCCUGACACAUAGAGAUACACACAUUUCUAACCAGAGACUGGCAAAGGGAAGUGAGGAAACCCAGAACCUCAAGAAUCUCUUCCUUAAAAGUGCUGGUGCCAUGAGACAUCCACUUGGAGGCUCGUGUACUGACCUGGAAGAAAUUUGACUUUUAGCCUUGACUUCCCAGUAUCUUAUUGCCCUCCUAACAGUUAUUAAGUUUUGUGUGUUGGUUUCUGUUCUGUAAAGAAGAGAUAAUAAUUUUGCUAGGGCUGUUGCAUGAGAGCUGAGAAAUAAAUUAGAUGUAAAAAAGC